UUAUUUUUCCAUAUCACACGUUUUUGAAUUUGGGAGCUCCAAACCGAAGCACAAUGGAGGUUCAGUAUCUGUAUCUCCGAAAAAAUUCCACAAAUCCUGCUACAGGAAUGAAAGCAAACACAUUUAUUAAUUUUAAUAGAAGUCUUAUUUACUUGUUAAAUCCGACUCGUCUUACUCCUUAUUAAUUUUAAUUAGUACUAGAUUUACUUGUGGAAUUAGGUUUUUUUAAUCUAUCUCUGUUUCAGUUUUUAAAUACAAGCCGUGUUUUCCUGUAAAUUAUUUUUCCUUCAAUUUUUAGUUCCAUAAUGGAACCAUCUCCGCCACAAAAGCCCAGCAAGUUCGCCGUGUACCAGAACCCAGCCCUCUCCGCUGCCCUAACUGCCAAAAGCCUUCAGCCCUCAAACUCAACUCUUUUGUGUAUCUUCGCUUUCUCCUCCGCCUCCGCCUUCGCUCUUCUCUCCAUUAUCUCCAGGGAGAAUGGGUUGAUUGCAAAACUGAGGUUCGGGAAGUUAUCCCAAGCUGCAGCUUAUUUCUUUGCGAAGGCAGUACAAACUAUGAUUGGUUUAAUUUUCAUUGGAAGUUUAUCUGCCCUUCUCAAAUUCAUCUCUCUACGUAGAGCAAGCAAAGGAACCAAGGAUCAACCAAAUCUAACAAACCAGCAAUUAGGCCUUUUGGGAAUAAAGCCAAAGGUUGAACAAGUUGUAUCUGAAUCUUCAAAGAAACCCCCCAAGUCCAGAUCCCACUUGUCAUCUCCAGAUGUCCUUGUUCCACUGCAUCAGCCAAUUUCCAGUUCAAAUCGGAAACCCCGACUCAGUUCUGAUAAAUCAAACACCAGUGGUGGGAAUAGGAUGAAUUCUUUCAGCACUACAUCCAAAUUACAGAGUUCCCCAUCUUCUCUAUAUCUUGUCCCUGCCGCUAGUUCACCAUUACCUGCUGUUCAAACUUCUCCAGGUCGGGACCAAGUGCUUUCAACCCCUUGGUCAAGUAAGCGAUCCUCCUACACGAGGGAGAUAACAACAGAAGAAGAACUUGAAAAUUUCUUGGCGGAGGUAAGCGAGAAAAUCAAUGAAUCAGCUGGCAAAUUGGCAACUCCUCCGCCUACUGUGAAUGGUUUUGGCAUAGCCAGUCCUACUGUUGCAAGUUCAGCUAAUACAUCAGGAACUACGAGGAGCACGCCUUUGAGACCUGUGCGGAUGUCUCCUGGUUCACAGAAAUUUACUACUCCUCCAAAGAAAGGAGAGGGUGAUUUUCCUCCUCCCAUGUCCAUGGAAGAGGCUAUUGAAGCUUUUGAGAAUUUGGGCAUCUAUCCUCAAAUUGAGCUGUGGCGUGACCGCCUCAGGCAAUGGUUUUCUUCAGUUUUGCUAAAUCCUCUGCUCAACAAGCUUGAAACCAGUCAUAUUCAGGUUAUGAAUGCAGCUGCUAAACUUGGGAUUUCCAUCACAAUUAAUCCUGUUGGAAGUGAUUUACCAACAAGUGGAAGUCCUGCUACAGUCUCUCCGAUUGAUAGGACUAAGGAAUGGCAACCAGCAUUUACUCUUGAUGAGGAUAACCUUCUUCAUCAGUUACGUGCUAGUCUUGUACAGACUCUUGAUGCUUCCGUGCCAAAGUUUACUUUAGCCAAUCUGCAGCAGUCUCCUCAGCAAAAUCAUAUGAUCCCUGUCAUGCAGGAAUGUGUGGAUGCCAUCACUGAACAUCAGAGGCUUCACGCAUUGAUGAAAGGAGAGUGGGUUAAAGGUUUGCUUCCACAAAGUAGUAUUCGAGCUGACUAUACAGUGCAAAGGAUUCGAGAGCUUGCUGAAGGAACCUGCUUGAAGAAUUAUGAAUACCUUGGAAGCGGGGAGGUCUAUGACAAAAAGAAUAAGAAGUGGACUCUUGAGCUUCCAACUGACUCCCACUUGCUCCUGUAUCUAUUCUGUGCCUUCUUAGAGCACCCAAAGUGGAUGCUACACGUGGAUCCUACCUCUUAUGCUGGAGCACAGUCUAGCAAGAAUCCACUGUUCUGGGGGGUUCUGCCUCCAAAAGACAGGUUCCCUGAGAAGUACAUUGCUGUGAUAUCUGGUGUUCCUUCCACUCUUCACCCAGGAGCUUGUGUGUUGGUUGUUGGAAAGCAAAGCUCACCGAUCUUUGCCUUGUACUGGGAUAAGAAGCUACAGUUUCCUCUUCAGGGACGAACAGCACUAUGGGAUUCUAUAUUGCUUCUGUGUCACAGGAUUAAGGUUGGAUAUGGAGGCAUAGUUCGAGGCAUGCAUCUUGGUUCUUCAGCCUUAAGCAUCCUCCCAGUUUUUGAAUCAGAAAAUGAAGACUGAGUACAUUUGGCAAGAUUCACUGACUCCUCCAUGCUAAUCUCGUCAAGCUGCCUGCAGAUAAUUUUUUGGACCAGUUGAAACCUGUUUUAUUUAAGAUUAGUGUUCAAAAUUCUGGUUUGUCCAAGAUAAGAUUAUUUGUGUUAGGGGAUUCUAGUAUGAAAAGAUGGGUGUAAACUAUAUAGAUGUGAGAUUAUUAGUGGGAAAAGAAAAUUAGGCAAAAUUUUGGUAGCAUUUCAUUUCUUUGCAA